UGGGAUAUAUGAGGGCAGCAUUUGUACCAUGGACAAUGUUUGAUUAAGUUACACUGUCCUUGGUCGCCUCGUAUGGUACAACUUACCAAGUCACAGCACAAGAAACCUACAGCUUUGGUUUAAACAGAACCAAAAAUAUCUUUCAAAAAAGUUAGAUUUCAAUGACACAAACAAAAGAGAUAUUAAAGGGCAGUGUCCAAUGAAUGUAGUUGUGAGUUGGGUACUUGGUAGGUGGUAGGUAGCAGGAUUUAGACAGCUCCUUUGUUCCAGUUGGGUACAAAACCUUCAUUUUUCCUCUGUUUUUUUUUUUCCUUUUUUUUCCUUUAUAUUCCAUAAACAUACACAAUAGUAUUCAAAAUUUCAACAUAAUAAUAUAAACUGUAUUAUUAUUGAUUUGACCAUUUGCCUUUUGUUUUAUUCCUAAAUAGAUCUACAGAUUGAUAAUUUGAUAUUUGAUAUUUGAUACUGUAUAUAUAUAUACAGUAUCAAAUAUCCAGGCUACCUGUUUUGUUUCUUGAUGGGGUGUUUUAGUUAAUACGUUUAUGUUGCUUCCCUGUGUUGCCGCUGUUGCCCAUGGCCCUCUCUUUUGAAGUUUAGCUGUAAAUAUUAUUUUUACUUUUUUUUUUUGCAUACACACAGUGGAAAAAACAAGUCGUUUUUUUGGUGAUGUGGUCUGGAUUUUUAAGGUUUGUUUAUUCAUUUGCUUUUGUUUUAUAGUUUGGUUCGGUUUAGUGGUCCUUUUGAUGAAUGAUCAAUUGUCGGUUUCUUUCAUGUUAAUAGACAAACAGAAGCUGGGUUCUUUUUCAUUUGAAGUAAAGUUUUGGUUUUUUUCGAUAAAAAAUGUUCCUUUGGUCUUUAUGCUGAACCAGCUUCAUUUUUGCUGAUUUGGGUUGUCUUGUUCUUGAGAUUUCAUUGGUGGGUUUUUGGUUCAAUUUGCCUAUCUUACUGCAAUCCUGAGAAUUUGGGAUUUUAUUCUUUGUUCAUUGGAGUUUUAUAAUUCAAAUACCAAACGCAAGUGAACAUAGUUAAGAUUGUUGGAAAUUUGGAGUUGAAUCUUGCCCUUUGUAAUCCUUGGUUGGUGGGUCAAGAAGAUCAAGGAAAAUGAAAGGAAAAGCUGGGAAUCCAGGGAAUUUCUUUGUGUUGAAUACUGGAGCUAAAAUUCCUGCCAUUGGGCUUGGAACAUGGCAGAGUGGAGGAGACCUCUGCGUUGAUGCUGUGAAAACAGCAUUGUCGGUUGGUUACCGCCAUAUAGAUUGUGCACAUCUUUAUGGCAAUGAGAUUGAAGUUGGGGAAGCAUUGGCUGAAGCCUUCAAAAGUUUUUUGAAAAGAGAGGAUGUUUUCUUGACUUCUAAGCUUUAUUGUACUAUGAAUUCGUUGAAUAAGAUUGAGAAUUAUGUUAGGGUGUCUCUUAAGAAUCUUGGAGUCUCCUAUUUGGAUCUUUAUUUGAUGCAUUGGCCUGAGACCUCAGCUUUUGGAGAUGCAACUGAUCCUCCUUUGAAGUCCGGGAGUGAGCAUAGGCAGUUUUUAAAUCGGCUGAAGAAGGUAUGGAAGGCCAUGGAAGCCCUAGUCGAAUUGGGUUUGGUUAGAGCUAUUGGUGUCAGCAAUUUCAGUGUUAAUCAAAUCAAAGAACUGCUUAAAUUUGCUAAAGUCGUACCUGCAGUUAACCAGGUGGAGUUGCAUCCCUUUUGGAGGCAAGAUGAACUGGUGAAGUUCUGCCAAUUGAAAGGUAUCCAUGUAUCUGCUCACACUCCUUUGGGAGUACCUGCUUCAAGCCCUGGAGUGUCUGAUAGUGGAUCAGGUGGGGAAGAUGAACCUGGAACUCCUCGCAUUUCAUUUAGGAGGUCUAGAUCAGUACAUGGACCAAUGCUGAAAUUGUCAGUUGUUGGAGAGAUAGCACAUAGGCACAAAAAGACACCUGAACAGGUAAUUCUACGGUGGGGGUUUCAAAGAGGAACCAGUGUUCUACCAUGUAGCCUAAAGCCUGACAGGAUAAAGCAAAAUAUCGACAUCUUUAAUUGGUCUCUGUCAGAUGAUGAGUGGAAGCGCUUGAAUCAGAUUGAACCCCAGGUGUGUUUAUUUGGAGAUGAUCCUCUGAAUAAUCUCUCAAAUAGAGCCCUCAUGUUUGGUAGCGGUCCCCUUCAAGCUGUGCACGAAAUGGAAGAUGACACAGAAUCCAACGCCUAAUACUUGUGAGCAUGUCGUUUUAAGAUAAUGUCCCAUGUCAUUGCGCCAUUAUAAUAUUGCUGAUGCCCCCCAUUGUUUGCAAUGCUUUUGAGUUCGUGGAUGAUGAACAGAAUGUGAAAGACAAGACAUCAUCAUCGAUCGUAGUGGCAGGGUUUUCUUUAUGAACAAAAGGUUUUUCAUGUAUUUCUGCAAACGUGUUUUGCAUGUAAACAUCAUCAAAUUUCAAUUAUCAACGAAAAUUUUCUUAAAUGGAAAUGUAACUUUUAUUCAAAUUAUCGUGCCUAACUUGGUUUUGGUUUUGCAAGUAAUCUGUGGUUUGUGCGCAGCCAUGGUUGAAUUACAAAGACAAGGAUCAUGACCUUGUUAGCACUAUGACUAAGCAAUUUGUAAGUGGGAUAGUUGAAUAGAAAAAUGGUAAUUUUUUCGGCGGCAAGAGCUCAAAGAUUGAAUAGAAUAUCAAUGAAGGUCUUCUUAAUCUGUGUUCCAUUAUCAGUCUCCACCAUGACUUUAAUUCCUAUAACCCAAAUACCCCAGCAUACUUGUAAGCCUGUUCUUA